GGUUUUCCCACAGGUUCUUUGAAGAUGGUGAUGAAAAUGAAACAUAAAUCUGGUGUAAGCUGAUUCUUCUUCACUCAUUCGCCACAUUUACACACUAACGGCGGCGAACACGUGAAGGCAUGAAAAAAAUGGAUAAUUUGGGAUUAUAUGGAAGGAGUCUCCAGUGUCAGCAGUCAGAGCAGUGACAAUCCAAGACACAAGCGGUUUUUGAGUUCCCCUAUGGGUCAGUCAAAUGGAGGAAAGUCUGAGAUAAUUGCUUUAUCAGAGGAGGAAGAAAAGCAGAGCUAUGAGAGCCAGCGAAAGAAAAUCAUGACAUGGAUAUCUUCACCGAAGCCUUGCGACUUGUCCUUCUUUUACUGUUCAACUGCAAACUAAGAGUCUGUUAUACUGUGGCUUGUACUGGUGAGCUGACAGUAGACCAAGACGUCAUAACUAUUGGCUCCAACCUGACCGUACACUGCCGAUCCAACACUGAGAAAUGUGGCAGGAUCUUCAUCAUGAAGUUUAACAAUAAGGAAAUUCUAAGGAAGACCAGCUGUUCCAAUGUGACAGCACAAGUGUUUGUGAACGAACCGAAAUUCUCAAUCAUCUGUUCUGAGAAACAGGGAAGGAUAUCUCGCAUUGUGUGUGGUCGGGACAUCGUGGCUAACCCGAUUCCAAGUCCUCCACAAAUUAAAGAGAUUGCAUUCACGAAAGGCUCCCUUUCCCCCACCAUCCACUGGCACAGCUCAGACAAUAUGGAGAAUCUGAAUGCUAGUCUGAGGUUUAGAACACAGGAUACUUCACGCUGGAUGGAGGGAAAUGUGACUCAGCUUCACAGAGGGACACUUGUGUUGCUGGGGAAUUUGGAGCCACUGACAUUAUAUCAGUUUGAACUGAGAGUCUGCACAGCAUCAGUGAAGUAUAACUGCAGCUUGUGGAGUCAGCCGCUCAGUAUGACCAGCCCUGGAAAAGCACCCUCGACCAAGCUCGAUGUGUGGAGAGUAAUCAUGCGAAAUGAAGACACUCAGAACGUGACAGUCAUGUGGAAGCCUUUAGGUACCGAGGACUAUAAAGGAGUCUUGCACCAUUAUGAAAUAGUCUAUCAAGAGAAGGGCACGACACACAUUCUGAAUUGUUCAAGGGCUGUUACGCAGUACACACUUCAACUGCCCCUGGAGGUGACAGAGCUGAAUGUCAGUGCUGUUACAUCAGCAGGAAGUUCACCACCAGCUUCAGUGAAACUUACCUGUUCAGGUAUACCAUCUCCAGAAAUAAAGUCAAGCCAUGCAGCAGGGGGCGGCAUAAACCUUGUGUGGGAUUCACCUCACUUCUCAGAUAAGACUUCAGAGCAAAUGCUGGGUUUUGUAGUUCAGUGGCAAUGCACCCCGUUUCAAGUCCAGUGGAAGAGAAAUGAAAAAAGCUACAACUCAGUAUACAUUCAUGCUCCAGAACCAACUCUGUGCAACAUUUCACUCUAUGUUGAGAGCAGUGACGGAGUGUCAUGUCCUUCUUUUAAACAAAUCCAUACGAUCAAGAAAGGUUUGGAAACGAAUAAAAGUGUCCCUGUUACAGAGAUCUUAAAAGUGCAACCUGCUCCAGGGAGAACAAGAGAUAGAUUGGUCGGGAUUUGCCUCAUAACCGCGAUUCCUAUCAUUAUCAUUGUGAAUCUAAUGUACUUGAAAUGUACACGACAAAGAAUAAGGAAGGUGUUUGUGUCAGUGGGACCCUCUUGGCUUUUUCAGAAUUUACCUAAACUUGGAAACAGCAAUGCCAUCAAAUUACUGAAGGAUGAGCGGUGUGGUUCUGAUCUGUGCUGGCAACCCAUGGACAACGACCCACCCUUAUCUCCAGUUGAGGACUACAGUCCGCCUUUGGAAAGGAAGGACUCGUACCCCAUUGCACACAAAGAAGUAACCACAGAGCAGACGAUGGUUGUGCAGGACUGGACAGUCUGUUCUUAUAAACCUCAAAUCAUGAUUUCUCAAGGAGCAGAGGCGGCGUGUGAGGUAGACGAGAAGGAAGAAGAUGAGUCUCCUUGGGUGGACUUCUCCUCACCUGUCUUCAAUAUGUUUGAACAACAUUUUCUUCCAAGUCAAGGAAUGUGUGCACCUCUGCCAAGCUGCUUGACUGUGGAUGGAAGACCUGUAUCUAUGGAUCUUGUUGAUGGCUUCCCCUUUUUUACUCCGACUGUGGUCGAUGGGAACAUGUGGACAAACGAUAGGCCUGCAGAAGCUGGAAAUGGUGAGCAGAAUAAGCAUCAAUGCCAGACAGUGUUACCCAGUGACCUGAUGAGAUGCUUGAGAGAGCCUUUUUUUAAUGACAGACCUCCUUUCUCAGUCCAGAGUCUGCACACUCUACAGUUUGAUGAGCAAUUGCUAUAAAACGUUCUACAACAAAAGGUUCACAUCUGUAUGAAAAUCCUUGAGUGCGAAAUUGCACGUUCCCCUACAUCAGCCAUGUGUAACAAAAUGCAAAUUAUAUGGGAACUGAGCAAAACAUUUACAUUUACUACACCCUUUCAUCCAAAGCAGUUUACAGUUGAGCUGAGCACAUGAGGGAUAAGGGACUUGCUAAAAGCACCCAACGGUUGCUGGAGUUGAACUUACAACCUUCCCAUAAGAAGUCUAGAGCCCUAACCACUCGGUCACCGCUGCCCUGGACUUAUGUAUAAGUGCAUCACAAACUAAAUAGUCAUCAUGAGGUUCUUUAAGACAGGGGUUCUCAAAGUGCACUCAGUGACCUCCAUAGGUUUUUUUUUUUUGUUGGCUAUCAAAAUCCCCCAUCAUAAGUUAUAGUAUAUUGAUUACUGAGUUAUAAACCAAACCUCAAUAACUCAAAAACAAGUAGGCCUAUAAAUAAUGACAACUUAGAUGAAAUGUGUUGUGUGUGUGUGUGUGUGUGUGUGUGUGUGUGUGUGUGUGUGUGUGUGUGUGGAACGUUCAAGAAUGAAAAUCUCUUUACCUCCAACAAAUAGCUAAAAAUAAUAAUAAGGAGUCUAAUAUUUGAAUAGAUACUGCAGAUUAUGUUGGUUAAAAGAAAUUUGUGCUGAGGAAGUCGUUGUAUUUUAUUUUAAUGUAUUUUUAAAGUCUCUGGCUGAAAUGCCCCCACCCCCAUAGAGUCACUUGUAUAAACAAGAGUUGCACUGAUUUUCAGCAUUAAUGUAUGGGUUUUUUUUUUUGGUUUUUUUUUAAAUAAUUGGUUCUUUUGUUACUGAAUUCAUUGAGAGUGAAAUGACAUGAGAGGUGUGCAGAGACUAGAAACAGAUCAGAUAACAAUACAAUAUCAGGCAGUGCUAACCAAUGACCCAGUGAGGUGGUUAUGACUUGGAGACUUCCUUAAAUGACAGACCUCCCUCACCACACAUAUCAACACAGUUCAUUCAUUGUGCACCAAAAACAUAAGACUGUAUCUCUUAUGCACUUCUGUAGAUAACUUAAUUCUGAAAUAAGGCAUUAAAGGAUAAUGAUAAUAGGAUGCCAUAACCUACAAUUUUAGAACCUGAUCUCAUGAAAAAAAAAAGAAUUCCAAGAAGUGAGGACAAUGUGGUAGAAUUGAAUUCUGUUUCAUACUAAACAAAUCAUAUAAUGAAUUGAAUUGUGUGAAUUGUUAUGGAUUUGCAAGAGUAAUACCAUACCAUAUUGGUAUUUUUAAAAUUUUCUUUACAGAAUCUGUAGAACAUUUCAAGUGCAAUUCAUUUAUACAGUUGGGUAUAUAAGUAUUUGGACAGUGACACAAUUUUCAUAAUUUUUCCCCCCUCUGUACAACGGCACAGUGAAUUGAAAUGACGCAAUCAACAUGUGAGUGAAGUGUAGACUUUCUGCUUGAAUUCAAGUUUUUAACAAAAAAAAAUUGCAUCCUUAAAUCGUCCCUCCAUUUUCGCAGGCUACUAAGAGUAUUUUUAAUGCUUGGAUGCAAAUCCUUUGCAGUCAAUGAUUGCCUGAAGUCUGGAACCCAUGGACAUCACCAAAUGCUGAGUUUCCUCCCUGGAGAUGCUUUGCCAGGCUUUUACUAGAGCUGCCUUGGGUUGCUGUUUGUUUGUGGGUCUUUCUGCCUUCAGGUUUGUCUUAGUAAGUGAAAAGCAUGCUCAAUUGGGUUGAGGUCAUCAGACAUUUAAGAACUUUAUUUGCCUUAAGAAGCUCCUAGGUUUCUUGAGCUGUACGUUUUAGGUCAUUAUACAUCUGUACUGUAAAGCACUGUCCUAUCAGUUUUGUAGCAUUUGGCUGAGUCGGAGCACAAAGUAUAGCUCUAUAUAGUCUUCAGGAUUCAUCCUGCUACUUCCAUUAGCAGUCACAUCAUCAAUAAUCUCCAGUGACCCAGUUCCAUUGGCAGCCGUACAUGCCCAUGCCCUAACACUUCCUCCACAUGUUUGACAGGUGAUGUGGUAUGCUUUGGAUCAUGAUCCCUUCUCCAUACUCUUCUCUUCCCAUCAUUCUGGUACAAGUUAAUCUUGCAUCAGAACUGGGCAGGUUUUUUUUUUUUUAGAGGUUUUCUUUUCUCAAAGUCUAAUCUAGCGUUUCUGUUCCUGAGUGUUAUCAGUGGUUUAUCUUGAGGUAAACCGUCUGUGUUUACAUUCAUAAAGGUAUCUCUUGAUUGUAGACUUUGACAAUGAUACGCCUACCUCCUCCAGAGUGUUCUUGUUGUGAAGGGUUUUUCUUCAACAAGGAAAGAAUUCUGCAUUCAUCCGCUUUAGUUUUCUUCCAGGCCUUUUGGUGUUGCUGAGCUCACCAGUGCAUUCCUUCUGUUUAAGAAUGUACCAGAUUGUUGUGGCCGCUCCUAAACUUUCUGCUAUCUCUCUGAUUAUGGUCUGUUAUGUUUUUUCAGCCUAAUGAUGGCCUCCUUCAAUUGCAUCAUCACCUCUUUGGACCACAUAUUGAGAGUUCCUAUGAACAGCUACCAAAGGCAAAUUCAACAUGUGGAAUCAACUCCAGACCUUUCAUCUCCUUAAUCAGUCAUGAAAUAAUGAGGAAACAGGCCACACCUGGCCAUGAAACUGCUUAUCAGUCAAUUGUCCAAUUACUUUUGGGCCUGUGAAAAUGGAUGGAGUCUGUGAAAAAUGGCUGUAAUUCCUAAACGGUUAAUGCAAUAGUUUUGUUAAACCCAUUGAAUUAACGCUGAAAGUCUACACUUCAGUCACAUCUUGAUUGCUUCAUUGGAAAUCCAUUGUGGUGGUGUACAGAGGCAAAAUUACGAACAUUGUGUCACUGGACCUGAUUGAAUGAUUUUCACAUAUAACACUCAUUUUCAAUGUAUUAUUUCUUUUCUUUUCUUUUUUUUUCAAUUUAGCACAAAAAUAAAACUUUUGGAAGACAUCAAGGAUCAAACAAUGGUCAUUUUCAUGUAAAAUGCCCUGACACUCCUCAUGUCAUCCUUUUGAAUGUAAUCAAUCUAUGGACGCACAUAAUCUGAUUCUUCUAACAGAUUCUUCUCAAUUCCUACCUUGAUGAAACGUCUGUAUGUUUCAAUGAGUAUUUAUAAGCCUCUAUGUAUGUGUGAGUAUUUAUAAACCUCUAUGUAUGUGUAGUUUUUACAUGCCCAAUUGUAACGUUUAAAAAGCAGGGCAAUAAUGAUCUACUCAUAGGAUCUACAAGAGUUCUCGUUCUACUUCAUUCUUUGUGAAUUUUUUUACACAUUUGAAUUUUCUAGCCAUUCUAGGGUUUUAUGGUGUAAUUUCUCGAAAAUUGCCUCACACAAUGAUAUGGAAAGUGAAAGGCAUUCAUACAGAUGUGAUGACGCAGUCAUCUGCCAUAGACAGAUGAAAUGAAAUGAAAUGGUCCAGACAUUGACUGAUAUUGUAUAAUGUGUUUUGAUUAAUUUUUUUUUAUGUUGAGCAUGCUUAUGUUGUUUGUUUCUUUUGUGAGACUGAAUCGCUGCUGUUGUACUAAUUACAGACUUGUUGAUUGUUGUUCUAA